AUGGUUUGGGGGAACACAAAAGUCGGAAGCAUCCGGGGCGCUGCAAGGGCCCAGGGGCCGUUUGGUGGGAGCCACAGCGGUGGCAGCGCCAUGGUGAACUACCUGACGCGCGACUGGCGGCUGACACUCUGCGCCCUGCAGUCCUCGGAGCUGCUGGAGGUGAACAAGGAGGGCACCAAAGUCUGGCAGCGCGUCCCCGUCCCCGCGUCCCUGCCGAGCAUCCCCCCCAGCAAACUGCUGCUGGUCUGGCAGAUGCUGCCCCAGGGCCAGGGGGUGCUGCCGCCGCUCCAGAAGAACUUCCUGGAGACCAUCCUGAGGAUGUUCAGCCCCUUGGACGCCAUCGCCUCCAUCCGCAUCCUGCGGCCGGGCCGCAAGCUGCCCUCGGCUGUGCGGAAAUCCACCUGGCGCUCCCCCGAGCUGCUGAGCAAGUGCUGCGUGCUGGGGGAGUACGAGAGCCUGGAGAGCGCCCGCAGGGCCUUGGAGGGGCUCGGCCGCCAGAGCCGCCCAGGCGGCGAGAGCAGCAGGGGGAAGAGCUCCAAGAAGAAAGCCGGGGCCGAGAGGGAGGCGGCACAGGAGCUGGUGGACCAGCUGGGUUGGAAGGCGCAGGCGGCAGGGACAUCCCCCUACGGCAUCGGGCACUGCCUGCUCCGCAGCUCCCUGGAGCCGCACGGUGCCCUGGAGUUGUCAUCCCUCCUCCGGAACAAGGAGCCCUCGGGAGCCACGUGCUCCAGCGGUAACUUCAAGCCCAUCGACUUGGGCAACACUUCCACCGGAUCACUCCUCACCAGCAAAGUCUUUGGUCCACUGGGGACAGGCGUGGGCACCGGCGGCUGCUACGGCCUCUGCUCCAGCCCCGAGAGCCCCUGCAGCAGCGGCUGGGGCAGAGCGGGGGGUCUCUGGGGGCCCUGCUGCAGCAGCCCCACUCCAGAUGCCUGUCCUGGGUUGAGAGACACGGCCAAGCAGGUGCCGGAGCACCUCGGCCUGUGGGACGGGGUGCUUUGCCAGCCCCACGGCCCCAAUGGCACCAAGGGCUUCAGCAGCAGCUCCGGGAGAGGAGAGUUCACACACUCACAGAAUCACAGAAUCUUCAUGGUUGGAAGGGACCUCUGA